GGCAGGUGUCCUACUACUGGUGUUUCUGCGGCAAGCAGCAAGCAGAGCCCCAGCCUGAGUCCACAGAACGCCCCAGAGAGGCGACCCUGAUGGACACGUGCACAGGGCCCAGCAGUGUCAACUGGCCUAGGCUCAGGGUUGGUGACCAGGAAGUGUGUGGUGGAUGACAAUCUGGCUGGCCUCCCGCCCACUGGCCACCUCCCUCUCGGGCUCCAGGCCCCUCUGUUCUGAAGAUUUCAGGCCACAUUUGGGGGAGGGCUCAUAUUCAGUUGCCUGUUGUUGCUGUUGUUGAAUUGUCACAUGACCUGUGCUAACAACCAGGCCAUCUUCCCUUGGCAAAGACACAUGCCAUUUCAAGCUUUUCCCCAUCAUACUCUACCCUAAGGUUCUGGUUCAGCAGUGGGAGCCUGGGGAGAACAUGACCGUGGCUCCCCCAAACACACCUGGAACUGCUCUCCCAGGAAGUCACAGAACCCCCGUGUCGGGUGGUUCAGCCACCGUGUCCCUGCACCUCAUCCCUCAGGGUGUGAGUUGGGGAUGACCCAGAGGUGCAGCCAUGGAGCCACCCUUCAGGCCCAGUACUUCCAGGCCACUGUCUCCCUCCCUUGUCUGACCCUACUCCUGACCAGAUCUGGCCCAGACAGCACUCUUCAGUCUCACAAUUUGGGGCUAGAUUUUAGCAAAUGCCACCAUACACAGUGUGUGGAGGAAAAAACAGGUUACCAAAAACAUCCCAUUCAGAAAAGGAAUAAAGAGAAAGCACCCUGUCUGGGUUGCUGGCCUGAGCAUAUAGUAUGAGAUGUACGGCCUGAAGGGAGGUGAGGCUGAGGGCUGGGCCCCAGUGUCAGAGUGGUGACCAGCAUCUGUGCCAGGGGACUGAGCUUCUUGGUUAGGACGUCUGGCAGCCCAGGUUCUGCCUUCUGGGCACACUCCUGGGCACUUGGGCUGGAGGUGCCUCUGUUGGGGGCGGCCUCCCUGGCUUUUCCCCACUAGGUGCCAGGAGUGCCCCUUGCCCACUGUGACACCGGAAGUGUUUUCAAACAUGGCCACACGUGCCUGCUCUGCUGCCAACCUCUUCUCUCUGCAUUCCAGGCCAUGAGGCUGUACCAGGGUGUCACCAGAGCCUGGGGGUCUGUCACCCCCAACUCGUGAGACCAGGCAGACUGCGGUUAGAGGCUUGGGCCUUUUCUGGAGUCACAGGGAAGCCUGCUGAUUAGCUCUCUCCCAGUCCCUUGUCCAUUCCUGCGACCACAGGUGUUAGAAGUCGGGGAGGAGAGCUGGGCAGGAGGAGGACAGGCGGGAUAAUGGGUUUCUGCUGCCCAGUGGCGUCUUACUGUUCCCUAUCAUCACGUGGCUCUCCCGUGCCAUCCAUGUGUCGUCAGCAGAGUUCUAAGUUGUGCAUCUCUCCCCCUUUUCCAGCUUUCCUAGCACAGGCACCGAGUGGCGGCCCGGCUUCCUGCUACGCUGCUUUGGUGGCUGAGCAAGGGGCUCAGAGCCCAGGGCUGAUGCUACGACAGGCAACCUUAGAAGAAGGGGGGCGCCGUGGACAGGCUGUGCCAGGACUGUUACGGGGGCCUCCCCGGACACUGCGGUUUCCAGACCCUUGUGGGAAUGAGGAAGCUAGAGAGAGGCCCAAAGGUUCCCCUCGGGGACCAGUUGUUUAUGAGGAAACUGGAGGGCAGAAUGGCCGUGAGGACAGUGUGUCCGGGUCAGAGGUCACCCUGAAUGCAGCCUCCACAGCCGAUAGGAGAGGCCACUGGAAAGGACGGCCUUACCGAUGCAGCACCUGCGACAGGAGCUUCAAAUGCUAUUCAGAUGUGGUGAAACACCAGAGCAUUCACUCUGGGGAGAAACCCUACGAGUGCAGCGACUGUGGGAAGGCCUUCAUCCACAGCUCCCACGUCGUCAGGCACCAGCGCAUUCACAACGGGGAGAGGCCUUACGUUUGUAAGGAGUGUGGGAAGGCCUUCAGCCAGAGCUUCAACCUCAUCAGACACCAGAGAAUCCACACGGGAGAGAAGCCCUACGAAUGUGCUGAGUGUGGCAGGUCCUUCAGUCAGAGGUCAGAUGCCAUUAAGCACCAGAGAAUUCACACUGGCGAGCGGCUGUAUGAGUGCAGCGAGUGCGGGAAAACCUUCAUCCAUAGCUCAAAUGUCGUCCGACACCAGAGAAUUCACCACGGAGAGAAUCCUUACGAAUGCAAAGAGUGUGGGAAAGCCUUCAGCCAGAGCUCCAACCUCAUUCAGCACCAGCGGGUCCACACUGGGGAGAAGCCCUACGCCUGCCAGGAGUGUGGGCGCGCCUUCAGCCGCAGCUCCUUCCUCAGUGAGCACCGGCGCAUCCACACCGGGGAGAAGCCCUACGAGUGCGGCGAGUGUGGCCGCGCCUUCAGGGCCCUGUCGGGCUUCUUCCGGCACCAGAGGAUCCACACUGGGGAGAAGCCUUUCCACUGUGCCAGGUGUGGCAGGGCCUUCCGCCUGAGCUUUCAUCUUAUCCAGCACCAGCGAGUUCACGGCACGGAGUGAGCCUGUUGGGGGGUGAACAUGGAGUGGAAAAUUGAGUAAAGAAGAUUGGAGUGUGGGUACAACACCCUUCACUUUUUGCCCACUCCCCCAGCUUUAUGUACUUUGCCCCACAGGAAGAGGAUAAAACUGUCUUGCUGGUCUCCAAGCCUGCCCGUGGAGGCCUGCAGUUUGUCUGCCGCCGCCUUGCCAGGAGCACUGGAAAGGAAAGAGGAGCCUUGGGGAAGGAGACGUGAUGGCAACAUGUGCCUCGGAAGUUAAUUUAUUUCAUUUUCACAGCACUGGGUUUUUUCCUGAAGUAUAAUUUACAUAUAGUGGAACACAUAAAUCUUAAGUGUUUGGUUUUAUGAGUUUCAACAGUACAAUGUGCUUUGACCUUUACAACCACCACACUCUGAAGAUGUAGACUAUUUCCAUCACCCCAGAAAGUCUCCUUGUGCCCCUUCAAGUCAGCCCCUCAUCCUGAGAGGCAACCAGUGAUCUCGUUUCUGUCACUAUAGUUUUGCUUGUUCUAGAACGUUAUAUAAAUAGUGAUAUAAUUUAUACUCUUUUAUGUCUUUUUCCCUUUGCUUAAUGUUUUUUGAGGUUUAUCCAUGUAUCAGUAGGUUUUGGGGGUUCUUUCGUGUUUUUUUUCAGUUUCAUAGCUCUUUUGAGAAGUCAAGAAUCACUUUC